CCCUUAUAUAUAAAGCACCUCACAUAUUCCAUUUUCCUCCAAGUUUCUCCACACUAGUAAAAGCUCAUCACCAAAAGCUGCUUCAUCAAUGGCGGGUUUUGUAAGGACCAGAACAAAGAGAGUCACUUACCCUCUCGACGACAAGGUCAGGGCACGCCUCGUCGGCGGCUACAGCUCCGAGCUCAGCAUCUACGACGUCAGCAGCGGAAGCGAGCAUUCCGGCGACGGCGACUCGCCCUGCCUCUCCGAGCUCGUCCACGAUUUCCUCCAGGACGACUCGUCCGAGACUCGGUUUCCGGACAACGAGACUGACUCGGACCGAGUCGACUCGGCCUCCGACGCGAACGCGAUGGACUCUAUUCUCAAAUCCGCGGCUGUUAGCAGAAAUGCGGACUCGUUUGCGAAGCUGCUCCGCUCUCACGUUUCCGAGGCGGUGGAGGCGUUUUCGUGCCUGAGAUCCGGCAACAAGUCCGCCCUGCGACGGAGCGUGAUGUCGUUUUUGAGAGCCCGGGGGCACAAUGCGGCGAUCUGCAAGACCAAUUGGAGCUCUUCCAGCAACAUCGCCGCCGGUAGCUACGAGUUCAUCGACGUGGUUUGCGCCCAAUCGAGCUCCUCCGUGUGGCAGAGCCGGUACUUCGUGGACCUCGACUUCGCCGCCGUGUUCGAAAUCGCUCGGCCAACUAGCCAGUAUUCGCGGCUGUUGCAGUUGCUGCCGAGAGACUUCAUCGGCACCUCGGAGGACCUGAAGCGAAUCGUCCGAGUCAUGAGCGACGCCGUCAAGAGGUCGCUGAGAAGCAGAGAGCUCUCCGUGCCUCCGUGGAGGAAAAACCGUUACAUGCAGAACAAGUGGUUCGGUCCGUACAAACGGACAGUUAAUCCGUUGACGGAGAAAUCGUUUUCAAUAUCCUCCACCGUUUUCGCUCCGGUAUCUGUUGCGAAAUGCCGUUGGGUUGGAUUCGACGACGCCGCUUCUGACUCCAGCGUCAACGGCCGUCUAUACGUCCGUACUUAGAUGAUUAGUAAUAAUUAGAUAAAUUAAUCGGUUAAUCAAAAAAUAAUGAUGGUUAAAUUUUAAUUUUUUUUGGUUUUUUGUGGUGUAACGCGGAAAAUGCACAUCGUGUACGCGCACACCUUAGCUGCACGUCACUUGAAUAUAGAAACAUCGUAGUUCCAACAAAUCUGGGCUGUUGGUUUGUUUUGUUGGGCGUAAGCCUAUAAAUCGAACGGUUUUGAGAUGGGGUCUCAGUGUAACGUGUGCAGAUCAGAGUGGGUGAUUACUUCGGUGUGAAGUUUUAUCCUGAAAGGAUUUUUGAUGCGAUGAGGAUGACAGGUGGCACCGUUUGAUGAAGUCGCUUUCGCGCGCGGUGAUGUGACGGGUGAUGAUAACAUUUGGAAAUUGUUGGGACAGUUGGCCUGUAAUGAAAGCGUGGUUGUGUGUGGCUGGUGCAACAAAUUUAUGUAUGAUAUUUGUAAACGUGGAGGAACAAGAUAAGAAGGAAGAGACAAUAAUUUGGAAUUUUGGAUAA